ACGCUCCUUAUUCUUAUUUACCUCUCAUCCAGCUGGACUGGACACUGUACAUUAAUAUUCUUUUAAUCUCUUUAUUUUCUCCUUCCAUACAUCACAAGCUAGGUGACUCGCGCGCUGGUCGUCCAUGCAAUCGAAUCGUCCUUCUCUACAGGCUGGAAAGCUCGGCUUGCCAAGUUCCCCCGCAUGCACUCGUCUCAGGAGAGAUGCGCCUUUUGUGGAAGGUCACUCGCGAAACCAGAGCCAGCCCAUUGUGUCCAAUGCUACCCGCUCGUUGCGCUCUCAUGGACCCUCAGUAUCGGCUCCCGCCCAUGCCGUCCAUGCCGCCCAAGUAUCCUCUCGUCGUGCUGUAGGAGCCGCUCUUGGUUCUCGCUCCAACACGCGUGCAGGCAGUCGCCAGUCGAGUACCUCGGCUGGUUCCGAAUCAUCCGCUUCAUCCUUCUCAUUCCGGGACAGAAUGAACAGUCAGUUGUCUUCGUCCACUAGCUUAGAAGAUUAUCUUGAACCGCCAACAAAAUCUACUGGACCUGAUAAAUCACUCAAGACCGAUACGGACCAACAUGAAGACCCCGAGCAUGGUAGAUAUUUUUCAAUAUUGGAAAGUGGUGAUAGCGUAUGGAAUCGUGUUGCUGCGGCUGCAAGUGUCUUGACAGUUAAUGUCAAUAAAGCAUGGUAUUCAAGAGUUGGCGCUUCAGAAGAGGAAGAAACGGCACCUGGACGUGACUCGCAUUUGAUCCGUGUAAUGAAAGUCUAUCACCUUGCAAAGGCCCGUCAUCCUUCAGAUCUUCCUGACUGGCUCUUUGACGAGCGCGAACGGAAGCCAUCUCUCGGUUCUCGGUUCACACAGUUGCAAAGAGGCGCAUCAUCUGAUACUCAACCCAUGCGCCCUGUAACGCCCCGUUAUGUCUACGAUAACACAGCUCCUCGUGCAAUACCAACAAAGCAUUCACACACCACAUCCUACGUCCUUACUUCCCCAGAAAAGACAGGCUCAUCAAAGGCUGCGGAUCGCCUGAAGGCAUUCAGAGAUGCAAAGCGAGCUGAUUUGGGGGUGCGGCACGGUUCCUCCAAAUCAGAGAGCUUGUCCUACUCUCCAUCACGAUUUCAUACCAACGUGGAUGCAUAUCAUAAUGACAAUCACCGGGGCGCAUUGCCUUCUCCUACCAGACGACCCCUACUGUCGGCGCAGCCGUCUCAACCAGGCGCAUUCUGAUUCAGUUGGUCGUUCUCAAUCUGGAAGCGUAAGUCUCUGGGCGUACAAACUUGUAUGGAUAAAUAUUUUUCUAUACUUCAUGUACCUUCGGUGUCAUACAUGUAUGCACGGGUGUUGUAGAGAACCUACUCAAUUGACUCGAUGAUUGCUUACAUUU